UUGACGCAGGAGACGCCGCCAAAGGCAUCAUGUCAGCCAACGCCCCCUUCUAACCAAGAACUAGGCAUUAUGCUCAAUUCGACACGCUCCUCGCCAAAAGCCGUCUCCAUCAGCAGCUCCGAAUCCAGCUCGGGAAUUGCCGCGCGUCUUCCGAACUGUGGCACACCGAAGGCACCCGGACCUUCCACCAGGCAAUGCAGUGAUGACUUCGUUGACACCGACUUGGAGGUUACGCCUAGGUUCGAGCGCGCCAUGUCCCAGGUCGAGACCCCCAGUACGCGAUCCAAACUCUCAGCCCAGAAGCAAAGAGAUGAAGAUUUGGCUCUCCCAAUAAAGACAUUCAGCGAAAUCAACGCUACUAUGACGGAUGGACCAUCCCAGGACCCUGCUAUCAACUACAUGCUGAAGGCGUCACCAGCGCUUCUUAAAGAUCCCAUCGAGGUCUCGACGGAGUCAAUACUUGUUAAGGAUGAGAAGAGCAUGGAGAGAGCUCGGAGCUUCCUCAAGCGAAAAGCCACACCUGUUGCGCCAAAGCCAGAUGAAUCUCGGAAGAAAGUAAAGCAGGAUCUGAGGCUGCCCGACUAUGAGGAGUCGACGGUGGAGGCAGCAAAGGACCGCCAGUCUACCAACGCGGAACCGUGGCCACAAAAUACCCAGGGUGACCACCAAUCUUCAUCUUCUAGUGUGCAGCAGGAGACACGGAAGACCAAAACGACCAAAAAGGAAAAGGCUACUGAGUUGGCGCCUCUAUCACUGGCCACUGCUAGAGUGACUGACCACAAGUGUAAGUGUAAGAAGGGGCUGGACGACAACGGAAGUGGCAGCAAGGAGGGCCGAAAGCGACCGAACCUGAAGAUAUCGCCGCACGAACCAUCAACAGAAUCUGUCCAUCCUGCUAGUGCAGCCACUGCGACGCCGGAAAAAGCGAUCCCCAGCCUGGGCGUCCAACGCUACUGCUUACAUAUGACUCAUGUUGCCCGCCCUACCAGUGCAGCCACCGCAACGGCAAAUGAGGCGGUGUCCAGCUUAGGAAACCUUGGGAGCCAAGGUAUGAGCAAGGCAGACAAGAAGAAACAGAAGAAACAGCGGAGAAAGGAGCGUCGAGCGAGCAAACAAGGGCGUGUAUCAGAGCUGAGCAGUCUCUUCCCUUCGAGCAGUCCGGUGCCCAGCAGUCCCGUUCCGGAAAGGAAGAAUGGCAGGACUUGAUAUAAAGGAAAGAAGGGAAAGAAAUAAGGUGUGAAAAGGAC